AUCGUGGUCGAGCGCCUGACCAAAAAUGUCAACGAGGACCAUCUCUACGAGAUAUUCGGCCAGUACGGCGAGAUCGACGACCUGGAUCUCCCUGUCAACCGGCAGUCCGGUCUGAAUCGCGGCACGGCCUACAUUCUCUACUUUAAUGAGGCGGACGCUCAAUCGGCCAUCACCCACAUGCACGAAGCACAACUUGACGGUAGCAUAAUCCACGUGUCCAUC